UAACUUGGAAAUGGAAAUGUUUAUUUGAAGUUAUGUUUAGAACGGUAGAGUUAAUUAAUUCUCCAGGUUCUACCUAGCUACUGCUCUCGUUAUAAGAUGAGAUAUUGUCAAGAAACUUGUUAUUUUAUUUUUUGGUGUACUUAGAUAUAUGGAACAAUGGAUCGGAGUAAAGCAGGAGUUGGUCGUGGAGCGAAGAACAAAGUUGCGCAGCAUCCUGCGGAUUUAUUUGCUCUUGGUGCGAAAAGUUCUCGGGGAGAAAGUUCAGAUACCAAAAGACCCGGUGUAAUUCAUGGAAAGACUAGUGGUAGUUCCUCCUCUUCAGGUACAGACCGUAAAAAGGAAGCACCUGCUGGGUCGAUUCAGUCUUUAAUUCCACAGAAGAAACCAAAGCUAGCAGCACAUGCAACGCAUCCAAGACCUGCUCUUUCCAGUGCAGAAGCAUGGGAAGUUGUAGCCAUAGAUUGCGAACCUGCUGAUCUCGUGCCAAUGGUUCUCGAAGCUAGUGACAAUGAUGAAGGAGAUAAAGUUGUUGGAAUUAUAUGUGGGGUUAUCAAGGCAUUAAAGAACCAGAGAUGGAAACCAGAUGUAUUAAUGUACAUGGGACUAAUGUACUUGGCCAAGAUUCGGCCAUCGAUAUUUUCAAAUGACUGUAUAUUACAUGCCUUAUCCUCUCUGUUGAAACGAGACCAGUCGCAUAACUUUAAAAGCAAAGGAAAUCCUCUGGUUCCUGUGCUUGCAGCUAAUUUAUUAAUGAGAGGGUUUCAUGAAAAGAAAAGCUGGCCAGAAAUUUUUGUUAAGCUUUAUAUCGAGGAUGCCUUGGGAGAACGUGUAUGGGUGGAUAAUGAAGAGUGCAAGGGUUUUGUUGAUAACAUUUUAACAGGGUUUAAUACAAGGCACCCGCCAAAAAAUGUUUUACAGCCAGAAUUACCUGUUUUAACACCGAGAGACUGCCACAGUCCGUCAACAUUAGAAGAUGAGGAUUCAGGAACUUCUACGAUACAAACCUCUAACGAAAAGGAGAAGAUCGAAUUUCCAGUGUGUCCACGAUAUGCUCAUUGCAUUGACAACAUUGAACUCAUUGUGUUAGAAGCUAUAAAGGAACAAUUGAACCGAAGACAACCUGAAUCGAUCACGAGAAAUUUUUUACGGCUGCUUUCAUCCACGUGUGGAUUUGUAGAAAUUAGGAACAUAGCCAUUCCGAGAUUAGAAGUAUGGCUGCACAAUCCUAAGUUAAUGAGACCUGCACAGGAGUUGUUAAGUUACGUCUGUUACAACUGCACGUCUCACACUCAAAGAGACGUGGAAGUAAUUAGUCAACUGGUGAAGAUGAGACUGAAAACUAAAGCUGUAAUUAAUCUGUACUUAAAUGGAGUCAAGGAGUUAAUAGGACUACACCCGGAGAACUUGUCGACAAUUCUGAAACAUACGAUUUACAAUGAGUUGUCAAAUGCAAGGAAUCCGAACAAUAUGCCGAUGCUGGCAGUUAUGUUUCAAACGUCUCCUGAACAAUCGGCUAAAUUGCUGGCGGAAAUUUUCCAAGAUCUAUUAAUGAAUCGCGAAGACUACUUGAGACCUCUCCGGGCACUGUUGAGAGAAAUUGUGCGCGUAUGUCGACACGAUAUAAAUUUAAAAACUCUAGCCAGAACUCUGAUGUGGGAGCGGCAGGAUAUUGCUCAACAAUUGUUAAACUUUGAAUUCAAAGACAGAGUUUUCAUCUCGAUAGCAGACUUAUUGUGUUUGUGUAUGUUUUUAGCAAUAAGUCCACAGGUGAAGGAGGCAGCAGUCUUGGCACAGCGUGGAGAUAAAAAAGAUAUCGCGCUCUUACAUCAGUUUCAAAAUUUAGUUGCUACGAUACAAUAUGAAGCAGUCUCAUGGCUACACAAUGUUGCACCCCAGAUGUAUGGGGUUGGAAGAAACGAAUUGUUCCAUGCAUUGCAUAAGACGUUGAUGUUGGAAUCACCAGAACAAUACUACAAAUUAGACAAUUGGCCACCAGAGUCGGACAGAGUAUUCUAUAUGCGUGUAAUAUCCGAUGUGCCACUCUUACAAAGUACUCUAUUACGCCUGUUUUUAAUUGGAUUCUCCAAGGAUAAUGGAAUUACUCAUUCCGAGACAUUGGACAUAGCAGAUCAAUUGAUACGCAGGGCAGCAGUGAACUCAACGGAAUCUUUUCCCACGCUACAAGCUGACAAGCUCGAUUUAAUCGAACUCAUUUUUAAUCUCUGCGUAUAUCAGCCACCUGGAUCGAUCAACAUACCUGCAGGGUACGUUCCACCUACAUUAGCUAUAUCCAAUUUAUAUUGGAAAGGUUGGAUCAUGUUAUUAAUACUAGCGGCACACAAUCCAUCAACAAUUGGAGCCCUUGCGUGGAAAAGAUACCCCAUAUUAAGAACACUAAUGGAAAUGUGUAUCACGAAUCACUUUUCAUAUCCUCCACCUACGAUGGCCCUGCCAGAAAUUAUAGAACAAGAGCGCACCAAAGAACUGCAAGUGGAAGUCUUAGAAAAACAGGAAAUCCUUGAAUAUGAGUCUCAUCUAGCCGCUGCUUCCACGAGGAUGCAAAUCUCUGAACAGAACAGUCUCCUACUGCCACAGCUGAUCACGAUGGAUCCAACUGGGAUAGCUCGUAAACCACCACAACCAGUGUUACUUCAGAUACAAUCCUUAAAUGUGUCACAUCGUUUGGGGCAUUUGCUGUGUCGCUCAAGAAAACCAGACUUCCUGUUAGACAUUAUCCAAAGACAACAGCAAAGCUCUUCGCAGAGCAUGCCUUGGCUAGCCGAUCUCGUUCAGAAUAGUGAAGGCUCCCUCAGCCAAUUGCCCGUCCAGUGUCUCUGUGAAUUUCUGCUGUCGACUAAUGCUCAGGCAGUGGAUAAACAGCCCAGACAACAGCAAUUACUUGGACACCUGCAGACCCUGCUUACCGAUCCUAAACAGGACCAGCAACAUGCCUACGAAGUGCUGGAAUAUUUUUUACGAAGAUUGAGCAGCCAACAGAGCGGAAGUCGUCUCCAAGCCAUCACUGGACUCAAAAUGGUACUGGGGUCUAUCACUGCAGAGGAAGAAAGUAUGGAGGUAGAUGGGGAAAACGAUAAGGAGGUGUGGUUGCUCAAAAAAUUGCCAUCGAUUCCACAUUUUCUGGCCGUACGAUCUCUCGUGUCCACGGCACUGCGCGGCGCUUGUCAAGUUGAGAAUUGUCCGGAUCUGGUACGAGCUUAUAUAUCCUAUCUCGCGGUUCACACUCUGGAAGAUGAGCUCCCGGACUUAAUCGACCUGGCGAAUGAAAUUUCUCAACUGGUCGUAGAACGUAGUACCAUAAUCGCUGCCAUAUUGCCACAGUCAGAUAAUGAGACUCAGCAGUCGAAGCAAACGCUGCACGCCUUCAUGGCGAUAUUUUGCAAUUACCUGGAAAAAGCGCGAGCACCCCGAGGAGAGGGCUACACUUGGUCCGAGAGUCAGGAUCAGAUCCUGGUACAGUGGAGUAGUGGAGAAGAGUGUACGAUGCACAUCUUGGUGGUCCAUGCGAUGAUCAUCCUGCUGACGUAUGACCCAGCCGAUGACAAGGGACUGUUCAAUGAGCUCCUCGACACCUGGUUUCCAGAAACCGGAGAGCCUCCGAAGGCUUUCCUGGUAGACACCAGCGAAGAGGCUUUACUCAUCCCAGACUGGCUUAAACUGCGCAUGAUAAGAAGCAACGUACCUCGUUUGGUCGAUGCAGCUUUGAAAGACCUCGAGCCGCAACAGCUGGUGCUAUUUAUUCAAAGCUUUGGCAUACCGGUGUGUUCGAUGAGCAAACUUUUGCACACUCUGGAUGCAGCAGUGCAGAUCGAUCCAGGAUCAGUUGGGGAAGCUGUGUUGGAUAAGACAUACAUGGCGCAGCUGGUGAAAGUCCAGCAUCAAAGAGGAGCGACAGGUGGAUUAGUGUUUGUGCAAGUGCUGCAGUUGUUGGAGCCACAGCUACCCGAUGAGAGUAUGCUAACAGUGGGGAAGCUUCAAGAAACUUUACCACCCAGUUCGAUGGUGCAAAAACAGUCUGUGAUACAGUGUUCUGUGAAAACUGACGUUCCGCAUCUGAUAAAUCGAUUGUUUAUUGAGAGUUUGCCAAUUAAUCAAAAAAUAGAAGCUUACAGGAGACUGCACAAGACUCUUGCGAAGGACCUGCAGAAGUCUGCCAAGGAAAGCAGCGCAGUCGUCUUGGCAAUCCAACAUAUAUGCAGCGUGUUGAGCUCCAUGCAAGUCAAACAAUUCCUGUCAUCUCUAGUUCACAUGCCUCAGUAUUCUUGCACAUUGAUGAGAGUGAUUUUGUUACCACUAAAGAGAGCAUCAACGUCGAUGCAGGUUGUGGAACUUGCACGUAACAUGUGCGUAAAUUUGACAUCUCUAAUCGGUGAUGUCAAAGCACCUAUAUUAUCCAUUCUUAAAGACUUUGCGAAUUUGCACUCAAAAAAGUCUCAGCAGAGAAAAGAAUUAACGGGACAAAUUCUGGUACAGAAUGGAGAUCCUCUGACAAUACUUGAAAAUACAGAUCUGGUGAAUCUAGAGGGAGUGGGUCGUAAAUUAUUAGAUGUGUGUCUCAAGCAACAAAAGAACGAUGUUCUUGUUGAAGCCAUGGCAAAGUUAUUGCUAUCCGAUAGCAACGAAUGUGUCGUGAAACCUAGAACUGGUCUGUUAAUCGAUUGGUUAGCUUCGGUGGAGCCAGAGUUGAUUGGUAUCUGUCCGUCGUUACAGAUCAAGCUGUUAUUCGGGAAGACGAAUUUUCAUAUGAAAAUCGACGAGAGUGUUACCACCUCGCAUUCGUGUAGACCUUAUUUAUUAACACUGUUGACACACAGAGCUAGCUGGGCGACGUUGUACAAAUGUGUGGGACACUUGCUGGAUAAGUGCGACGAAGUAUACGACCCUACUGCUGUAUUGGAUUUCUUAUGGGCACUGACAUGCAAUCCUAAACUUUGGCAGGGUCGGGAUAAGUUCACUCCAAAACAUUACGUUCCAGAAAAUGUUUUACUUUUAACCAAUGCACAGUUAUUAAACCUAGUGGCAUAUCUAGUAGCCGAAGCUGUCAUCAUAUGCAAUCGACAGAAUAGGAAUGCAGCUUUGACACAAAUGGAGACACGACUUGAUUUAUUGUUACAUUGUGUGUCUGAGGAUGACUACUUGAUAGCUGCCGUUGUUAGAUUUUUGGCAGGGCAAAUGAUGGAAAGCGAAAACCAACAUUCUGACAUGGCACAUCAAUUUCUUUUACAUUUAUACAUGAAGAUCCCAAAAGUGAUCUGUUAUCUUGAUACAUUUGAAAGGAAAAAAUUUGUUGCUGGGGCACGAAUCACAAAUUGGACCGGUUCAGUGCUGGAUUGCAUGAGUCAUUCCCUGUUGACAGCUUUGGCAGCAACUCCGCGACAAAAAUCGUGGAUUUCGAAGUCUCAGGAAUUUGAAUUGUGCGCCAGAAAAAUGGCGACAGUUCACCCCAUCCUAGUCUUACGACAGCUUCCCAUGCUGUCUUCAUCACUUACAGGAAGAUGUUACUUGGGCUUUCCUCAGUUCAGAUCGGGCCACCAUUUGAAUCUUUUUGUGCAAGUUAUGGGAUUAUUGGAAUUACUGCAACCUCAUUUAUUUGACGAAGAGCAUAGAACUGCGUUCGAGGAUACGCUCGAAAAUUAUUUUUACUGUUUUCAGAACUAUGGCCAUAUAAAAGAACUUAUACCGCUAUUAAACAGGUUCGUUGCAUUACUGCAGGCAUAUAUUUCUCACGAUGCACAAAAGGCAUUAAAGUAUUUGCACAAACAUGCUCACACUCUCCACGAGUUGCAAAUGCAACAUCUAGGAUUAGUGAGCUUGAGAAAUCUUAUAUCUGGGAUACCGAUACCCAGAGAGGGUGAAGACAACGAAGAAGUACUUGUUACGAUUGCACCAACACCUCCACCUACGAAACCACUCAUUCCGCAGCACUGGACGUCAUUAUUAACAACAUUAACUAAACUUCACGGAGAAGAUGUGUUCGCAGCUCUGCAAGAAAUAGAGCACUUGUCAUCUCGAAAGCCAUCGGUGUUAGAACCUGUAAUUGACAACAUAGCAGAACUCCUUGUGUCUCCGCAAGGCAAUAUUAGAACUCUGGCGCAUACUUUGCUUUCGAGAGCUUUGAAGCAUCGACCUGCUCCUAAUCUGAAUAUACUCUCUGCGUUUCAGAGAUGUUUGGAUAGUUCCAGAGCCGAUGUCCUAAUGUCGGCUCUGGAUAGAUUACCGGACAUUGUUCUUUGUAUGCAAGAGCAUGCUCUGCCACUCAUGCAGAAGGUUUUCGAACUUGGUGUAAAUUCAAACGUGAACACCAUCCCUUGUAUUAACAAAAGCAUAGCUAUGUUGAAUACACAGCAAGGCUGUUAAAUGACAAGGUAAUUCUAUCGUCAAGU